AUGAGCAUUUUUAACCAAUCAAGUAGUGGUUUUAGUAGCAAACAUGUCAGCAUCAAUCCCCCUCCCAGUGUGUCUGAUCUCAAUGAAGUGUUAGGUGCGAGUGUCACUUCAUCCAAACUCAGCGAGAUCCCUGCCUUUGAAGAAAUCGAAGCAAUUGAGCAAUCUAACAAAAACAAAAAGCUUGAAGAGCGCAGACAAAAAGGACGCAUCAGAUCUAAAGCCACACGAGAAAAUAAAAAGAAGUAUCUCCAGCAUCUUGAGGGCAAAGUGGCCGAACUCGAACAGGAGAAGUUCAGGCUGCAGAACUUGUUGAUAAGCUACAGAGCAGACAAGCUGUAUGACAUUGGGGCUGGGUCGAAAUAGUCCGAUCGAGAACAUUCAGUCUAACAAGUACAAAACCAUUGAACAAUUCUUCGAUCGGGAAACUACUCAAUAUGUUGGCAACAAAUCAGUCUCAAUGGCAGCAAACUUCGAGAAAAAAAUGUAUAAAUAACUUACAAAACCACAAAGAGUUUAUCGAUAAAGCUUUUGAAGCCAUCAUCAAUAGUUAUAACCCAAACUAUAAGAAAGUCUUUCUUCGAGACUUGGGACCAGAUUAUACAACUGAUUACAAAGUAAUUAAGAAGUAUUCCACGUUCUUCACUGGAGAAACCAAACUGAACAAAUACCAGCAGCAAGAGUUCAUCAAGAAGCAUAACCUUAAUUUGGUUGAUGAAUUUGCUGCAUCGAUCAACCCAACAAAGCAACAAUUUGAGAUUUCAAAGAUGAUAUUUCGCAAAUAUUACCUACUUAAUCAGAAAUAUAAGAAAGCAAUACAGCUACUUUUGGAAGCCAAACAGAUUAUUGAAGAAACAAAUGUUGAUCAUAAUUCAUUCACAAAGUUUCUGAUAGAGUCACAGAUUUUUGAAGAACGUCAGAUGAUGAAUUCCAUGCUGAAGAACAGUAUCUUCACAAAAGACAACGCUUUCAAAGACAUCUGGCAGAUCAAAAUCUCAAACAAAACAUACACCUUCAACAUUCUUGACGACCCAACCAUGGGAGAAAUUGCUACAAAAAUUCUAAAAACCCCAGCAAAACUCCACGAAGUAUCAUUUGAAUACAACCAUUUCAGCUUACCAUAAAAUUCCUGUU